AUGAAGCAAUAUACUGCCGAGGAAUGGCUGCCGUCCAAGUCAGGAUUAGGUGAAAGUCCCUUAUACCGUACCCAGGACGACACAUUCUUUUUCGUUGACAUCAAAAAUAAACUGCUACACACAGUACCGCUUUCCAAAGGCUGGGAUGAAAGACAGACGCUCGAAUUGGACGAGCCUGUCACUAGACUCGAUAUCGUAAACGGGGAGCCGAACUUGCUGGCCGCGCAAACAAAACUGGGGUUUGCUCUACUUGACCUAAUUAAAGGGACGCUAGAUCUGAUUACGGACGUCCAUCAUGUGGAGGAUGCGAGUAUAGAUGAUAAGGUGCGAAUGAAUGACGGCGCGAUUGAUGCUCGGGGUAGAUGGUGGGCUGGUACAAUGGCUUGGGACGAGAAAAGUAAAAUUGGUCGGCUAUGGUGUUUACAAGGCGGCAGAGUGAAUGAGGCGUCAGCUGGAGAUCGAUCGGCAGUGUUAAACGGCCCUGUUUGGUCUCCCGAUGACAAGAUCAUGUACCUUUGCGAUACACCAGAAGGUAAAAUAUAUCAGUACGACUACGACGUCGAGAAUGGCAAAGCUACUAAUAAGAGACUUUUUGCGCAGCUCGAGGGUGGAGGCAUGCCGGACGGCUUGGCAGUCGAUAUUGAGGGUCACGUCUGGGUGGCUGCGAAUUCUCAGGGCAAGAUAGUCAGAUUGUCGCCCGAAGGAGUGGUGACAGCGACGUGCACAGUACCUGGCGCGAAGAUGUGCUCAUGUCCGACAUUUGGUGGGAAAGACAUGAAGACAAUCUUUAUCACAUCAAUCAGGGAUGAAGAUGGGGGAUCUACUGGCAACGUUUACCGCAUCGACGUCGAUGUUGCGGGUAUCCGAAGGCAUGCGUAUAAAAAGAAUUAA